ACAAACUUCCAAACUCGUCAUUUCGCAUCAGCCACUCCGAGGGGAAGGCCUUGUCUGCAGAGCUCAGCCAUGGAGAAGGCUACGGCGAUCUGUGAGCAGGUAGAGGGCUACAUGAGGCCCCUUGGACUGGAGAGCUACCCGUUUAAGAUUCAGUGGUACAAUGAGAAGGUGAAGGACCCCUUCCCCCUGCCCUACCCUGGCGACACCCUAGCGGUUGUCAUCCUAAGUACACCCAACAUGUUUGAGAAGGCCUUCAAACCAUUCGUAGCCAAGCAGGACUGUUACGUACGGGACCCCAUCGACGAAUGUCUGCUGAGUCACAUGCAAAAUGUCAAAGCUAGCUUCCCAGAUGAAGACAUAGACUGUAUGCAGGACUUUGAGAUGCACCCGAACCACCGGCCAAAAAUCCUGGUGCAGACGGCAGCACACGUGGCUGGUGCAGCCAGGUACUACCAGAGAAUGGAUGUCAAGGAAGACCCAUGGGGGAAGGAUAAGAACAUUUAUGGCGUCUGCGUGCACCCCAAGUACGGCGGCUGGUUCGCCAUCCGCGCCGUCCUGGUCUUCAAGAACGUCCUGGUCCCGGAACUGGAGUACAAGGAGCCGGCAGACUGCGUGCCGACGGACGAACUUCGCAUCGACCUGCUGAACAAGUACAACUUCCACUGGAAGGACUGGUCGUUCCGAGAUGUCAUCCCGGUGGAGGAGAGGUACUCGGAGGAACAGAAGGUCUACUUCGACACUCCUCCUAAAGACAGGAAGGCCCUGCUUGGACUGGAGGACAAAACAACAUGAGAUGUCUUGGCAAAACAGUUGUGCCAAAAACAGUU